CAAAAGCCAAGAACCAGUUGUGAUACAUACUAAAACAUACUGAAUAACAUAUUCAUCGUUAAGCAAAGCAAAACCCCACAUGGCGGAUCUCACGAUCUUCAAUUCAGAAUCCGAUGAAGACGCUUGGGUGAUCCAAAUCAACCAAUUAGUGAGUGAAACCAACCUCUCAAUCUUGAACAAAAUGCCUGUUUGCAUAUACCAAGUCCCAAAAUCUUUGAGUUGUGCCAAACCAGAAGCCUUUGCCCCACAACUUAUAGCAAUUGGUCCAUACACACACUUUCGCCCCCAACUCUAUCCCAUGGAAAGGUUCAAAGUUUUUGCAGCAAAAGGGGUCCUCGACCACUUCAAAAAACACGACCUAAAACAACUAGUUGAGCAACUCCGAAACACAGGACCCUUCAUCCGUGCUAGUUACCACAAAUACUUGGACUUCAAGGAAGAUACCUUGCUAUACACCAUGGCCAUUGAUGGUUUGUUCUUGUUGGAUUUCUUCCACAAUUAUCUGAAUGACCAAGUAUCUGGUUCCUUCAUGAGAGGAAUAGAAGAACAAGUUCAGAUAAGUGGUGUGAAGCUAACCAAGCAUGCCAUCAUAAGGGACAUCAUCAUGGUGGAGAAUCAAAUUCCAACCUACAUGUUGAUGAGGAUCUUGGUGCUUGCAAGCUCCAUACCUGUUGAUUCAGUUCAAGAAUACUUGGGUUCAAUGCUCUUGUCAUUCUGUAAGAAACACUCUCCAUUCAAGCUACCUCACAGUACCCCUACAUGUUCGGAAGUUGUCACCAACCACUACCAUGUGCUGGACCUCAUGUACCAUUUGGUGGUCUCUCACAAGGAAACAACACCAACACCUGAUGAAACCGAAGGUGUUUGUAAACUCCAAGGUAAUAAUAACAAUGACUCUACCACUGCCACCGACGCUUCUAAGAAAAACUCAAAAGCUGAAGGCUCAGCAACUUCAUUUAAGAAAGUUAAAAUUGUAUUAAAAUGGACACUAGACUCCAUGAAAAAGCUGAAGGACGUGAAUAUUCCUAUUCUUCAACCCAUUAAGAAACACCUUGAUCCAAUACUCCACGUGUCCUCUCAACUUGAAAGUCUUUCACCACAGCAACAACUUUCUGAAGAAGAAGAAGAAGCUCCUAUGAUUGUUACCAUCCCUUCUGUGUGCGAGCUUCAUUCAGUUGGGGUGUGUUUUCAACCCUCAAAAGAUGGCAUCAUGACCAUUGAAUUUGACCAAAAAAAGGGCAUAUUUUAUCUUCCUGUGCUCAAAUUGGAUGUGAACUCCGAAGUGAUAAUGAGAAACCUUGUGGCUCAUGAGGCCUUGACCAAACCAGAUUUUCUCAUCUUCACUAGGUACACUGAAUUGAUGCGUGGAAUCAUAGACACUGUGGAGGAUGUGAAGCUGCUCAAGAACGCAGGGAUCAUAGAGUCAAGUAGCACUCUCAGUGUGGAAGAAAGUGAGGAAUUGUUCAAUGGAAUGAGCAAAUCCAUUGGACCAACCAAAACUGAGAAAUUGGAUGAGACUAUUAAGAAGGUCAACCAUUACUACCAUGUUAAGAGGAAGGCCAACAUCUACAGGACCUUAACCGAUUAUGUGUACUCUUCAUGGAAGCUUUUCACACUUCUCGCCACUUUUGGGCUCUUAGCCAUGACAGCACUUCAAACGUUUUGCUCCGUUUAUGAUUGUCCCGGGUAUUUUAGACCCAAAUGAGGUUUGUUAUCAUUUUUUCUUGGCAAUAUUCCUUUGGUGCAAGUAUUAUUUAGAAAGUAUCAAUGUCUCCCUUUGAUUAGGACCAUUCAAAUGAUAUUAUAUGUAAUUUUUAUUAGACUUAU